UCAUUCACAAGCAACAACCUGCUGUUUGUGGUGUGCACAUAAUUGCGUUAAGUUAACAGGUUUCCCCUUGCCUUAACUGCAGUAGAGGGAAGUGUAUACAUCGGCUUUGAGAUGGUUCUGAUGAGAACGCGGUGCUGUCUUUAAAUUAAAAGGUGCCUUUGUUUUAAGUGGGAAACUGCACAUUUACCAUGCGGACUAUUUGUGCGGUACGCUUUUUAUUCACUUACAUCGGUAUAUGUUAUAGAAAGCGCCAGUUGAAUCGACUUACUCGGGACACUGUCUUCUAACGGGAAAUGCGACACUAAUCCGAAGGCUAUAAUGUUACUUUUCGUAUCGAUAAAUAAAACAUAUCUCUAUUAUUUGUAAUACUUUUAAAUCUAUCCAUACUUGCCAGAUAGCCUUUUCUCCUGUGAUUUGGUCAAAUUAUUGGAAACGGCAGAGCAUCACUGAACAGGGUUUUGGGCCAUAGUUUGAUAUGGCUGCCACUCUCCAGAAACUUGCAGUAUUCGUGUCGGGCAUAUGGAUCUGCCUCCUGCUCCUCAACCCCUUUCCACAAACCGGGGCAGUGGUUGGGCACAGAGAGCCGAUGCCUGACGACAGUAGAGACAACAUCACUAUUUUCACCCGGAUCUUGGACAGACUUCUGGAUGGCUACGAUAACCGGCUUCGCCCCGGACUAGGAGCAGAGAGUGUGACGGAGGUGAGGACAAAUAUCUACGUGACCAGCUUUGGACCAGUGUCAGACACAGACAUGGAGUACACCAUCGAUGUGUUCUUCCGUCAGAGCUGGAGGGAUGAGAGGCUGAAGUUUGACGGGCCCAUGCAGGUCCUGCCUCUUAAUAACCUCCUGGCCAGUAAGAUCUGGACUCCAGACACCUUCUUCCACAACGGGAAGAAAUCUGUGGCCCACAACAUGACCACGCCCAACAAACUGCUACGACUGGUGGACAACGGUACCCUGCUUUACACUAUGAGGCUAACCAUCCACGCUGAGUGUCCCAUGCACUUGGAGGAUUUCCCCAUGGAUACACAUGCCUGCCCUCUGAAGUUUGGGAGCUAUGCGUAUACAAACAAUGAGGUUGUCUAUCUCUGGACCAAAGGAGAUGAGGGCUCUGUAGUCGUAGCAGAUGAUGGGUCAAGGCUAAACCAGUAUGACCUACUGGGCCACGUUAUUGGGAAAGAAUCUAUGAUUUCCAGCACAGGAGAAUAUGUAGUGAUGACAACGUAUUUCCAUUUGAAAAGGAAAAUUGGCUAUUUUGUGAUUCAAACCUACCUUCCGUGCAUCAUGACUGUCAUCCUGUCUCAGGUCUCCUUCUGGCUAAACAGAGAGUCGGUUCCCGCCCGCACUGUAUUCGGAGUCACCACAGUUCUAACCAUGACAACCCUGAGUAUCAGUGCCAGGAACUCCCUGCCUAAGGUGGCUUAUGCCACAGCUAUGGACUGGUUCAUGGCAGUAUGCUAUGCCUUUGUCUUCUCUGCCCUGAUAGAGUUUGCCACAGUCAACUACUUUACCAAGCGCAGUUGGGCGUGGGAUGGCAAGAAAGAGGCCCAGGAGAUGAGGAGAAGAGAAUCUGCCUCUCUUUCCAAAAAGGCCAAUAACACAUUCAACAUUGUUGGAACUACAUACACCCUCAACGAGGCAAAGGACCCAGGUUUAACCACCGUCUCCAGGAGUGCCACUACAGCUACACACCACCAACACCACCACCACCACCACCACAGCCACAAGGUUCCUAAAAUGGAUGACAAUUACGUGGAAGCCAUAAAGUCCUACAACCGUGUCAGCAGAGUGGACAAGAUCUCACGCAUCAUCUUCCCUGUGCUGUUCUUCAUCUUCAACCUGGUCUAUUGGGCCACGUACAUCAACAGCAAGCCGCCUCCCAAGUCCACCACCCACAAUUAAACUCACCACGACUGAAUAUUAGGCUGAGAUUGCAAGAGGCCGAGAGAUCCACGACAUGUUAUUGUAUCGUUGUUUUGGACUUCAUUUUGAUAUUUGCAAGUCUCAAUAGGUCGCAGACAAACAUUCUCGUAGAUUUGUAUGUACAUAGUUGAAAUAUAAAUGUAAAUUUGUUGUUACCUGCUUAUUAGUUUGUUUGAAAGAAUAGCCGGAUGGUGUUUUCUUUUCUCUUGACAUGAUAAAGAGGAGCAUGUGUUUGAAUCCUUCAUGGUAGCUCAUUACAGAGGAUCGGGUCCUGGUAAAUCACUGUGUGUAAACACACACUCUCACACACACACACACUCACACCAUUCACUCUGAAUUGCGUCAGGAUGCAGCAAGGAGAGCCAUUGGCUGCUUGUCGCUAUAGCGAGCUCUUAUAGCCAGGGGCAGCAUGUAGAGUUCCAUAGGGACAUCAUUAAUAAUCCUCAGUGUCUGCCCUUCUGCUAGCACUGAAUCUCAACAGACCCAACGCAAUAUCAUUUGGAAUUGCUUUUGUGUCCUAUCGGGCCUGCCUGUGUAUUUUCCAGUCCAGAGACUCCUAUUGUUUUAACAGGCUGAGUAUGUUUAAAGAGAAAGAAGCAGUGUGCCUUUUUGAAUACUCACAUCAUCAAAAUAAAGCUUUUCUCACACACAAACACAUACAUACAGUACAUACACACACAAACACAUACAUACAGUACAUACACACACACACACACACACACACACACACAAACACAUACAUACAUACAGUACAUACACACACACACAAACACAUACAUACAGAACAUACACACACACAGAUACAUACAUAUAGUACAUACACACACACAGAUACAUAUGGGGACUAUAUGGUUUAGGUCUGUGUGGCGGCUCCCCCUUCUCUCCUUCCACCUACAGCCCACGGUCCCUAGGGGACAUGGUCAGCGAGGUGAAUUCUCCAAACACAUAUCAUGCUUCAGGCCUAUGUAAGGUAGAGGGGAAGCUGCAGAGAAUAGUGAGUCACUACCACUGGAUGAAAUGUAAUCAUAAUGUGACUGAUGCAGCGUUAUAAAAUAUUCUCUAUGUACAUUCUCAUGUAUUGCUUACAGGGGUCAGCCUCAGUGAGCCACAUACAGUAGCUCAUUGACCUGUCAUGAUAUAUUGUGAAUUAGUUUUUUGUUUGCUGUUAAAGUGCUUUGAGAUUCUAUGAAAAGCACUAUAGAAGUUUAAUGAAUUAUUAUUUUGAUUUAUAGCUUGCAUAGUAUUCUGACACAUCAUCAGCUCAGACUGACUUCUAAUAUAGCUAAUAUAGACAACAUUUAUAUAGUAACACUUUCAUCUGUUAAUUUUGUCAACCAUGUUCUAUCUAUAGUAAAUAUUCUGGACUUUAGUCGGUAGCCCUUUCCUGCAGUCAAAUGACCUAGUGGCCUCAUGGGUGUUAUUAAUAUUUGUCAUAAUAUCAUAAUCAAUUAACAUUAUUUCAAUAAACCUGAUCCAGUGUUUCUAAGUCAAACA